AAAUGUCGCUAAUGGCUGAGCUGUCAUCAGCCAAGGUGACUGAGUGCAGUAGUGCACUACUGGUGUGGCACACACUGAAAGUCACCACCGGCCAUUAGGCAUUUGAGCAGUAAAAAGGCAAAUCUUCAAUGUUGUAGAUUGAGGAGGAAAAACGUGACUGGAUCCCUCAAAUUGUUUGUCUGGAUUAUUUUUACCUGGAGCUUUCUUUCUUUACUCUGAUUUGGUGGCUGAUUUCGAGAGAAAACCAAGCGCAGGAGGACUAAUGACUGUUUGUGGAUUUGGGAUUUACUGAGCUGUUGAUUAUAGCACAGAAGGAAGCUGCUGGGGCUCAAGCGUUCAUGUGCAGGAAUGUAGAUUCACAUAUGGAUGCAGACCAUACAGUGUUUUGUGUGAGCAGCUGAGCCUUUGAAGGCCCCAGAGACUGCCAUGUUGGAUCUCUUCCUCAGAGUGCUGGUGUUGACCUGCCUUCACCCGUCACCUCACAGCACUUGGCUGCCAACCUAACUCCUCGCUCCCUCUUUCUUCCCGCAUCUUUUUCUUCCACCACCUGGCUGGGAGAAAGGUCCUUGUUCCUUGUGGAAAAUGUCCUGUUCACACCACAAGCUGCUCACCUGGAGCUUACCUCACCUCCUCCUACCGCUGACCUACCUCUUGGUCUUGGCUUCUCCUGCAGGUGUGUCAGCAAAUCUCUGCCGGGUGACUGGGGGGGUACUGGGGAUUCACUGGAGCAGCAUCGUCAGCAUGGGUUGGCACUCUCUGGCAAAAGGGAGAGGCGGGGCAACAUGUUGGGAGUCUUGCUGCUUGAUUCCCAGCUGCAACGCCGUGUGGAGCCUCGGCGGGCAAUGUGUGCUUCUCAGCUGCUCGCAGAAUAGGGGCUGCCCCAUCACCACCCUGCCCCAGCCCCACCAGGAGUCCCUUGGCCUCCUUCAGCUGCUCUCAAAGAGUCCUGUUGUCACAGCAAGACGUAGAAGAGCUCGUCGGGCACAGCAUGCAGGAACGCCAAACACAGGACAGCUUAACAGCACGGAAAGUCCCAAACCGAAAACAGCUCGCCUAUCUCCAACAGUACCCAGCACCAUCACACUUCUUCAAACAGCCCAAAAAAACCUUAGCCAGUUAGACAAUGGGAGUGCAGACAUCGCUCCUGCUCCAUCACAGCAGAACUCAACGGACACCGUUAAUACUGCCGCGUCUUCCAAUAGCAGUGAUGUCAGCACACCCACAGCCACAGCUGCAACUGCUACCGUCACAACUCCAACACAAGCUGUGAGGGAGCUGGUGGUGUCUGCGGGAGAGAGUGUGGAGGUCACGUUACCCCGCAACAAGGUCGAGCUCAACGCCUUCGUGGUCCCACCGCCCCCAACAGAGACAACCUAUGCAUUUGACUGGCGUCUGAUAACUCAUCCCAAAGAUUACAGUGGACAGAUGGAAGGGCAGCACAGCAUGACACUUAAACUCAGCCAGCUGACUGUGGGCCUGUAUGAGUUUGAGGUGACGGUGAACGGGGAGGGGGCUCAUGGAGAAGGUUACGUCAAUGUCACAGUCAAACCAGAGCCACGGGUAAACAAGCGUCCUGUUGCCGUAGUUUCCCCAAAGUUCCAAGAGAUCUCCUUGCCAACCAGUUCUACAGUCAUAGACGGCAGCCAGAGCACAGAUGAUGACAAGGUGGUGGCGUGGCACUGGGAAGAGGUUAAAGGUCCCCUGAGGGAGGAGAAGGUCUCUGCCGACACCCCCGUCCUCACCCUCACCAACCUGGUGCCUGGGAACUACACAUUUAGUUUGACAGUGACAGACUCAGAUAGAGCCACAAACUCAACACAGGCCACCCUCACAGUCAACAAAGCCAAGGACUAUCGGCCUGUGGCCAACGCUGGCCCUAACCAGGUCAUCCAGUUGCCACGCAACUCCAUCACUCUGUACGGCAACCAAAGCACCGACGACCAUGAUUCCCUGUCCUAUGAGUGGUCCCUCAGCCCUGAGAGCAAAGACAAGGUGGUGGAGAUGCAGGGCGUACGGACGCCGAUCUUGCAGCUGUCAGCUAUGCAAGAGGGAGACUACACCUUCCAGCUGACUGUGACAGACUCGGCUGGCCAACAGGAAACCGCCCAGGUCACCGUCAUUGUGCAGCCAGAAAACAAUAAGCCACCAGUAGCAGAUGCAGGACCGGAGAAAGAACUGACGCUGCCUGUUGAUCGAACCACUCUGGAUGGCAGUAAGAGCAGUGAUGAUCAGAAGAUAGCCACCUACCACUGGAAACAAACCAAUGGUCCUGAUGGUGUAAAGAUUGAAAAUGCAGAUGGUGCCGUUGCCACGGUGACAGGUCUUGAGGUUGGCACGUACGAGUUUACGCUGACCGUAACGGAUGAUAGGAAGCUGCAGAGUAGCGACACUGUCACGGUCAUCGUCAGAGAAGAACUGGACCAGCCUCCUGUGGCUCAUGUUGUGUCGAGUCCAUCCAUCACUCUGCCUGUCAGAACCUGCACGCUAGAUGGAUCUCACUCCACUGAUGACAAAGGUGGAGUCAGCUACCUGUGGACGAGAGAUGAUAGCAGCCCUGCCGCUGGGGAUGUACUGAACAACUCUGACCACCAGGCGGUGCUGUUUCUGGGAAACCUGGUGGAGGGGAAGUACGGCUUCAUCCUGACUGUAACUGACAGUAAGGGACAGACCAGCACUGACAGAGGCACAGUGGAGGUCAAACCAGACGUAUGGAAGCGUGACCUGGUGGAGUUGGUGCUGGAGGUCUCUGUAUCCCAGGUCUCCCACCGUCAGCGAGACAUGCUGCUGCGCCAGGUUGGGGUUUUACUGGGCGUGCUCGACAGCGACAUCAUUGUGCGAGAGAUCAGUGCGUUUAAUGAGCACAGUACUCGUUUGGUCUUCCUGGUGUCAGGCGGUCCAGGGCGCCCUCCUCUGUCAGGCCGCAGCGUUGCACUUAGCCUACGCAACAAACUGCGCAAACAGAAAAAUGACUUUCUCAUCUACAAGGCCCGACGAGUGGAUACAGUCAUCUGCCAGCUGAACUGCUCCAGUCACGGCGAUUGUGACUCAUACACACGGCGUUGUGUCUGCCACCCUUUCUGGAUGGAGAACUUCAUCAGAGCUCAGCUCGGAGAUGCAGAGAGCAAUUGUGAGUGGAGCGUACUCUAUGUGACUAUAGCGUCAUUUAUGAUUGUGGUUGCUAUAGCAACAGUUGUCUGGGGAAUGGUGUGUUGCUGCAAAAGGCGUAAGAGCAAAGUGCGUAGAAGCAAAAGCAGGUAUAAAAUGCUAGAAGCUGAUGAGCAAGACAGUCUGGAGCUACAACCACCCAGAGCUGCCCGCAUUAAGCCUGUGCCCGCUCCUACCUCCUCAGCUCUCAUGCACUCGGACUCUGACCUGGACAGUGAUGAAGGGCAGGGCGGGGUCCCAUGGACAGAGCAGGAGCGCGGGCAUCUACUGCGGCCCCAGAACGGCUCCCUAAGGAACGGGCAGGGGCCGGGGAGGGGCAGAAAGCAAAGAGAAGAGCUGCUAUAGCAAGAGAGGAGGGGGGAGCUCACUGCUGCCCUCACACACACACACACACACACACACCACAUACACACACACACACACACACACACACACCCACCCCUCCUCCAGCUGUCACACCCUCUCUGUUCCUCACUUCCUGUUUCUCUUUUGUUGUUCUUCAACACAGAAACCUAAAGGAAGGGAAAGAGAGAAAAACCAGGCUGGAAACAUGUUGUCCCACUGUCACAGAAAGAAACACCACUGUACUGACAUUUCCCUGCUCCCACACUGAGCCACUAUGGAGGGAAAACAAGCUACCAUUUCGCUGAGAAAUAGGGGUGAGCACUGUGUUUUGAAUGGUGUAAAAAUAUAACAUAGACCCCUAUUAUUUAACACAGAGACAUAAAGAAUGUACUGUUACCCCUCUUACUGUUGGCACAUGAAGUAGCCUGAGUAAUACUUGACCUUCUGGAUAAAAAAAACUCAAUGACAAACCAGCCACUUGACAUGCUCACACCUUGCCUCUUGUAGACACGCAUGUACGCACACAAAGAGGUCGUAUUCACACAGUUCCAGGUCAACCUGAUGCUACCAAACUGCCAUGUAAAAACCAAUGGUUAACUCUGAUCUGAAGAUUUUUGUUAGUGAGUCCACAGUUGAGAUGGUGACUCAAUGGAAAGGAAAAACACAACCAAAACAAGAAUUAACAACUGCAACGGACUCUCCAAAUUAAAAAAAGAAAAAAAAAAAGUGCAUGAAGAGUUCUGGUACAAUUUGAUAC